AGUAAGGCUCCAAACCUUUUGAAUCCACAGGGCGUCUGAGAUAAGCCAGGAGGCCAAAGCUGGAGUAUAAAAAGGGCUUGGAGCUCAGGGCUCCUCAUCAGCUCUUCUGCCUUCUACUCCCCGUGAACUCGGUUUUACCUCCAUCUCCCAAAGAUGACUUUCCUCCAAGGCCAGUGCGACGACGACUGCUACUCCCCCUGCAGCUACGGGAGCCUCUACGGCUACCGGGGCUACGACUGUGGGAGCCCCUGUGGCUACCGGGGCUACGGGAGCCUCUACGGCUCCCGCGGCCUCUACGGCUUCGGGGACCGCUACGGCUACGGCAGCUUGUUCGGCUACCGGGGCAUCUUCGGCUCCGGGGACUGCUACGGCUCCGGGGGGCUCUAUGGGGGCUACCGGGGCUUCUACGGCUCUGGGGACUGCUUUGGAUACCCCGGGUUCUACUCCGGCCGCUACGGGUACCCCUUCGGCUCCCGCUACGGCCAAAGGUUCGGCUACGGGGGCUGCUACAGCUGCUAAAGCUGGAGGGAGCCACCCCGAAACCCAACCCGGGUUUGGUGGGAUCGAUGGAGAGUCCAGCCGCCGAGACCAUGGCUGGGCCGAGUUUUGGGGACAAGAGGCACGGCCGGGGUGCUCCGAGAGCUCUGCGCUGCUGCUGAAGGGCUGGGGGUGAUUCGCCCUCAUCCCGCUGCCCCAGCCCUCCUCUCAACCCAGAACUUCUCCUCAAUCCUCCAAGCAAACCAAAUUCCGUGUUUUUGGCAGUGCUGUUCAAAAUGUUCUCUCUGACUGGAUGAUGUGGGUGUCGUGUGACUUUGGGAGUGUGGUCUUUCCAUUCUGUAUCCCUUUAAAGUUAUCUCUGUGUUUCAUUCCUAUUAAAGAUUUUUUUCUGCAUCAA